CUCUACUGAGGCACACACACACACAUAGGAAUCCGCCGAGUUGGAGAAAGUGAUACUCGUUUACGCGUAACGAUCACCGACAGAAGGAGGCUCGUCCCGCCACGAACGCCAUCAGUCGUUAGGUGAACGUUCCAAGAGUGACGCACAAUGUGGUACCGGACAAUUCCGCUCGUUGCUGUCAUCGUUUGGGUCUGGCUGGGACUACCUCAAACAACUGUGGCCACUGGGUACCCUUGCGCGUUGCGUCAGUAUUCGAGUGGAUCGGUCUGCGUGUGUAAUGUGACGUACUGCGACACGCUGGAGUUUGAGGAUCCGACGGUGCCGGGCAGCUUUGUGCUCGUGUCGAGCAGCUCCGGUGGUCUGCGAUUCGCCUUGACCAAGGGCAGCUUUUUGCGCACCAAAGGCGGACCGUCGUCACCGCCACCACCGAGGAAGCGGUCGAGGGCAACCGAGAAUGACAUCACGAUCACGAUCGAUCGGACUCGUCGGUAUCAGACGGUGGAAGGUUUCGGCGGUGCCUUUACCGGUGCCGUUUCGUACAAUUUGGCCAAGCUGCGUGCGCCGCUGCGGGAAAGUCUCUACAAAUCGUACUACUCCAAAGAGGUAGGAAUCGGCUACAGCUUCAUGCGCAUUCCGAUCGGUGGCUGCGAUUUCGAUCUCGACCCGUGGGCCUACAACGAGCUCCCGACGAACGAUGGUGCGCUGUCGAACUUUACCACCCUGGACGAUCGAGAUUUGGUCAAGGUGUCGCAAAUCAAGCAGCUCAUGGAGGUAACGAACAACAGCGAUAUACGCGUUAUUGGCGCUGCCUGGAGUCCUCCGCGGUGGAUGAAAACGAACAACGACUGGACCGGGGCGAGUCGGCUGAAACCCGAGUACUAUCAGGCCUGGGCCGACUACCACGUGCGCUACCUGGAGCUGAUGAAAGCGGCCGGGCUAGAGUUUUGGGCCAUUUCGACUGGAAACGAGCCGCUCAACGGGGUGAUCGGUUUUCUCUUCAUCCACUUUAUGAGCCUAGGCUGGACGGCACCAGAACAGGGGCGCUGGGUCGGCCAGUACCUGGGACCGACACUGCGUAAAUCUUCCGUGAGCUCGGUAAAGCUGUUCGGUUGCGACGAUCAGCGGUACACGUUUCCCUGGUGGUUCAAGUUGAUGGAUCAGGGUCAUGCCAAUGCGACCAGCUACCUGGACGGCCUGGCGGUACACUGGUACUGGGAUGGUGUUGCCCCGCCGGCUCUGCUUGACCAGACCGCCACCAGCUACCCCGGCAAGUGGAUCUUCAACACCGAGGCGUCGCUGGGCGAUAAACCCCUGCAACAGCAUCGGCCCAUUUUGGGCUCGUGGGAACGGGCCGAAUCGUACAUUCUUUACGUGCUGCAGGAUUUGCAGCACAGCGUCAACGGGUGGAUCGACUGGAACCUGGUGCUGGACGAGCGCGGCGGUCCAAACUACGCGAAAAACUACGUCGAAAGCGCGGUGAUCGCCAACAUUACCUCGAAGGAGGAAGCGUACAAACAACCGAUCUUCUACGGGCUCGGACAUUUCUCGCGCUUCAUUUUGCCCGGCUCGGUGAGGCUGGAUGCUCAAAGUGCAAGUAGCAACGUGGUGGCAUUGGCCUUUGAACGGCUGGACAACAAAACCGUCGUGGUGUUUUACAACAAAGCCAAUACCCAGUCAAUUGUGCGGAUCGAAGACAAACGGUAUGGCAGUAUUCGACUCCAGCUUCCCGGAAAGUCGGUCCAUUCGUUCCUAUACGCUUAGGGUUAAGAUAUGGAACAAUUUUUUUUGUUUCAAUUAGGCUAUAUAAGGAUUAAAAAUAGAACAAACAGAUCAUACGUUGGACAUAAGGCAUUGCCGAUUUACUGUCAUUGAGGUACCAUCAGAAAUAUCGUCGAUUAAGCGAACACCAGUAAUGCUAACAUAUCAUUGUCAUUAUAAUGCGAAUUACUCUAAAUCAUUCUGAAAAAUAAGCACCUAGUAGCAUAUUCAGCAAAGUAUGAUACAUAUUAAUGAUUAUUUUAAAGGCAUACACAUA